AUGUCAAUUAUCCUGCGUGGUCGUCGGGAUAGAAUCCCAAAAAGGCCAGGAUAUCGGCCGUCGGGCGGCGGAGUGAGGCUGUAGUGGGGGUCCAUUUGUGCAAGGGGGAUCAAUUGGCAGACGGGGUCCAGUGCGACGAGACAGAGAUCUCGUGACUGAAGAGGGAUAGAGAGGAAUUAGAGCGAGAACUGAGUGGUGGAGCGGAAAUCUUGUGUGAGAGGGAACCAGUCCGGACAUCCACCAAAACUAGAAUAGUGAUCUAGUAGCUCAGCGGAGAUCUAGUAGGGGCCUAGUGGCGUUGGCAGAGCGGAUUAGGGAUCAAACGGGGAUACAACGGCCAUCGAGCAGUGAUUAAGCGGCAAGGCGGGGAUCAGACGCGAUGCGGCUGGACGCUAUUCUGACCCUGCUCCUGGUGUGCUGUGGCGCGGGGCUCGCCCAGUAUGAGAAGUAUAGUUUCCGCAGCUUCCCGCGGGACGAGCUGAUGCCGCUGGAAUCGGCUUAUCGGCACGCACUGGAUCAGUACACGGCAGAGAACUGGCAGGAGUGCGUGGACUUCCUGGAGAUGAGCCUGAGACUCCACCGCUUGCUCCGAGACAGUGAGGCUUUUUGCAACCUCAACUGCAGCACGGUGCGAUCCCAAGAACCCUCCCACUUCGGCCGCUUCACCGAGCUGCAUCUCUUCAGCAACAUCAUGAGCCGAGCCCAGUGCCUGAAGAGAUGCAAGCAAGGUCUGCCCGCCUUUCGCCAGUCCCAGCCCAGCCGGGAGACGCUGGAGGAGUUCGAGAAGCGCCAGGUCUACAAGUUCCUCCAGUUUGCCUACUUUAAGGUCAAUAACAUUCCUAAGGCCAUCUCAGCAGCACAUACCUUCCUCCAGAAGCACCCGGAUGAUACAAUGAUGCAGCAGAACAUGGAUUAUUACAGCAGCUUACCUGGCUCUGAUGAGUUCAUCAAUGAUCUGGAAGUGAAAAGCUAUGAGACUCUCUUCCUUCGAGCAGUGAAAGCCUACAAUGCUGAGAACUACCCAGUGUCUGUUACUGAAAUGGAGUUGGCCAUCCCUGACUACCUCAAGGCUUUCGAUGAGUGUAUUGCUACCUGUGAGAGCUCUCGGGAAGUGAGAGAGUUUAAAGAUUUCUAUCCAUCCAUAGCAGACCAUUAUGCUGAGGUUCUACAGUGCAAGGUGAAGUGUGAACCUGAUUUAACACCUGUUGUUGGAGGCUUUCUUGUGGAGAAGUUCCUGGCUACAAUGUACCACUACUUGCAGUUUGCUUAUUAUAAACUCAACAACAUGAAGAAUGCAGCCCCGUGUGUGGCAACCUACCUAUUGUUUGAUCCAGAGGAUUCGGUGAUGAAGCAGAAUUUGGUUUACUACCAGUACCACAGGGAGAAGUGGGGCUUGACCGAUGAAGAUUUUGCACCUAGGCCAGAAGCUUUGCGAUAUUACAACCAAACCAAAUUUCAGCUUCAGAUGCAUGAGUUUGCCCAGCAACAUUUAAUGGAUGAUGAUGAGGGAGAAGUGCUGGAAUAUAUGGACGAUCUUCUGGAAGCUUCAGACAGCUGACAUGUGCAACAGAUCAAAAUCCACGGGGAAGGUGAAAAAGUUGCAUUACCCUUUUUAAUUGCCUUAUUAUUUCUUCAGUGUUGACCAUGACCCUCUGACUUUCUUUCAAAGAUGUAACACAGAUCUAAUGUCUCACACCCCAUCCCCUCCCACAACACACAUUCCCUCCCUCCACACCACAUCCUUGUCCUAUUCCCUCCACCCCAACCCUCCUUCCCUAUCCUCUCCCCUCCGUCUUCCACCCAUUCCAUUCUCAACCACAACCCUGUCUACCCCAUCUGUCUGCCUUCACCUCCAUACCUUGCACCAUACGUUUGACUUGUGAGCCCAGGUCUGGCCAGUGAUGCUUUAGUGGUGCGGAAGCCAAAGGGCAUCGUUCCCACUGCCUUCUUCGGAACCACUAUGUUGACAUAGUGCUCCGUCCUCCUUUUCCCUACUCAGUCUGGGUGAUGAUUGACAACACUUUUCACACAGUCUGCCUAUAAUACAUUGAAAUGGUAUCCUGUGUUUUCUUUCGGCGUAAUUAAUUGGUUUCACUCAGUGGUGUUGUCCUGGGUCACACUCAUGGUCACAUUGUAUUUGGUGCUGUAGCACUGAGGAGUCACUCUACACAUCAAUUUUGGUCACCAACAGCUACUUAUGCUUUUCACCCAGGGAGACCCUUGGGAGUAGGAUCACGGUGAAACCUGUUAUGGGAAUGGGAAUCAUCAAGUGUCAAAAUAGAAGAUAUUGAAAUUUGUCAGAAUCUCAAACAGCAAAGGGGAAAUCUGCAAGUUAUUGGAGCAAGUUUGAAAUAGAUCUGAAAGAACUGUUGAACGUUGAUGUACGGAGAGCUUAAACCUGACUCUUGUUUCAUUCGCUGUCUCAAGCUCCUACUAGCUAACGUACCUCAAUGCCAGGGAAAACAUUGACUCAUUUAUUAAUGUUUGAACAUAGACCCUUGAUGCCGUUUUAGCAAGUCAGUGUGAAAAACCCAGAACCAAUCUUUCACUGCAGCUGCCUGGGCUGGACACUUGGUUGUGAGCCAUACCUCAAACAGCAGUUCCUUUUACAUGUUUGGCCUGUGGUUUGAAUAACCCAGUGAAGCACUCCCUUUAAGUCUUUACACUCACUGAAUGAUCAAUUGUUGCUUUGAUAGCCUACAUAAUCUACAAUAUUUAUAGCUCUGAAGUUGUUUUCUUUAGGAAAAUCUAAAUCAGAUGUCAUUGCAAAUGAUGAGAAGGCGUGUGUUGCUGGGGACACAAUGCAAACCUUUGUUGGUCACUUUCAACCUCUUCUACCAAAAAUAUCCCACAAAGGUUGCCCUGAAAUUCUUUCCAUGUUUACACCAAGCAGCAAACUGUCUUUUCACAUACAACCCAAAUGGGCUGAACAAAGAGACACAAGGUAUAUUUAACUUUUUGGAUUUAUUUUUGAAAAUUAAAAGCAUUUUGUCAGAUAAAUUUUAACUUGGUAUUUGAGUAAAUUAUCUCUUGUGCCCCAACAUAAUCCCGAAUCUCUGCUUGUUAGCCCAGCCAAUGCAGAGUGUGCCACAGUAUCUUACAGAGAAUCUUGGUUUUCAUGAUUACACAAAUGCAACAUUAUUAAUCUUUAUACACUACAGCCAUUGUGUUCAAAAUUUAAAAUAUGUUUUAAGAACUGUACAACCAAGUUGGUGCCUUAAGCCUAAUAAAAAACAUUUUUAUCUUGCUUAAAA